AUGGCACACGAUGAACGUACGCCUCUGCUAAGAGACGGCGGCGAGCAAGCCGAAACCCAAUAUGAGUACAUUGAUUUCGCAAAGGACGAUGGCGAGAACCCGAGGUUGUGGCCUCGCUCCAAGAAAAUGACAAACGUAGCCGUCAUCGCCGCUAUGGCAAUUCUUAGCCCUCUUGCAAGCUCCAUGUUCACACCCGGUAUACAGCAAGUUGCUGACGAUCUCAACACGUCCACUCGGGCCGUCGUAGCGACGCAAAGCGGCUUCGUAAUAGCGCUUGGAAUCGGUCCGUUGGUCCUCGCACCUCUCUCAGAGACCUUUGGCCGGCGUGUACUGUACAUGGUCGGUUUCAGCACUUUCACACUGCUGCAGAUACCUGCCGCCCUCGCACCGAAUAUCGAGUUACUGAUUGCGGUUCGCACAGUCUCGGGAUUUUUUGGAAGUGUAGGCAUUGCCAAUGGUGGUGGCACAAUCAGUGAUAUGUUCCCUGCAAGCGAAAGGGCUGGUGUGUUUGGUUGGUAUCUGCUAGGUCCCUUGCUGGGCCCGACGUUGGGGCCAUUGUUUGGUGGAGUCAUUGUACAAAGACUUGGGUGGAGAUGGGUCUAUUGGGUGCUCCUCAUCGUCUGCGCUGCCAAUACUCUGGCUGGAUGGCUUUUCUUGAAAGAAUCGUAUGCACCGAGGAUCCUCGCUUUGCGAAAGAGAGCGCGCGAGAAAAUUGAGGAUGUUACUGACAGGUACACAUUCACAAGUGAAGAUCGAAGACCCCUUUCAAGGAAACUCAGGACGUCGCUAGCACGGCCUUUUCGCAUAUUUUUGCAACCAAUCGUCAUCACUAUGUCUAUCUACCAGGCUUUGAUAUUCGCGACUACAUACAGUCUCUACACAAACUUCCAGGAUAUCUACGGAGAGUUGUAUGGAUUCAACUCGGAGCAAGUAGGAUUGAUAUACCUUGGUCCUGGACUAGGAUUCCUCACUGCUGUCUGGUUCCUCGUACCUAAGAUAGAUACAGUUUACAACAGACUUGCUUCUAACGAUGGCGGGAAAGGGAAGCCAGAAUUCAGGCUUCCAUUAACAAAUAUUGGCUCGGUACUCGUCCCUGGCGCUCUUUUCUGGUUUGCAUGGACUGUAGAGUACAAGGCCCCAUGGCCUGUUACACUUCUUGCCACCUAUUUCUACGGCAUUGGACAAGUUAUGAUCAUCAACACGGUGCAAAACUAUUAUAUCGAUUCUUUUGAAGCCUAUGCUGCAUCAGCUAUAGCGGCAGGCGCUGUCUUCAGGUCCUUUUUCGGCGGGGUCGUGCCGCUGUUUUCGCCUUCGUUGUUCAAAAGUUUGGGGUAUGGCUGGGGCAUCAGCGUUUUUGCAUUUAUCGGCGUAGCUCUGGCUCCAGCGCCACUAGUGUUCAUGAAGUAUGGCACUACAAUUAGACACAAGUUUCGGGUCAACUUGUAA